UUAAAAUAGAAAGAUGUGUAAACUAUAAAUUAGUAUCACAUGUAGAGCUAGUAGGGUAUGCCGAUGCAUCUAUUAAGGCUUUCGGGAGCUGUCUCUACCUAAGAGUUUUUAUGACUGAUGGCUCGAUUCAAGUGAACUUAAUAUGUUCCAAAAGCCGUGUGUCCCCACUUUCUAAAUCUCACACUAUUCCUCAAUUGGAGCUUUCUGCUGCUCUACUUUUAGCGCAAUUGGCAAGUAGAGUCAGUAAGAUUUUAAAUGAUAGAGUUCCUCAUAAAAUAUUUCUCUAUAGUGAUUCCCAAAUUGUUUUGUGGUGGAUCAAGACUGAGGCAGCAAAAAGUACUGUAUAUGUAAAAAAUAGAGUCAAACAAAUUGUAGAGCUUACUAAAAACUCACAAUGGCUGUAUGUUAGGUCAAAAGAUAAUCCUGCUGACUCAUUAUCAAGGGGAGUUGAACCGCAUAAGCUGCAGGAGUGUGAUCUAUGGUGGCAUGGUUCGCCUAGUCUUUGUGAUGUAAAUUAUACACAUACAAAUUUAGAAGAGUUUAAUCAUGACGAUAUCAUGACACGCAUAGACUCGCAUAGUGCUUCAUUGGAUGCGUCUUCUGACGAUGUAGAGGGAAUUUUGUGCCAUACCGCAAAUUUAGAGCCUCUAGAUUUAUUAAGAAAAUAUUCCAACAUAAAUAAACUUCAAAAAGUGGUUGGUUUUAUUUACAGAUUUUAUAAUAACUGCUUGAACAAAGACAACAAAAUAACAAGCAGAAACUUAACUGCAAAGGAAUUGCGUGACUCUAUGACGAAAAUUUUACGUUGUACACAGGCAGAGCAUUUUGAUAAAGAAUUAGUCCUGCUCUCAAAAAAUAAGCCUGUGACAAUUAGUGAUCAAUUAGCAUUCCUAGAUAAAAACGGAGUAAUUAGGGCCGUGGGGAGGCUGCAAAAUGCAGAGAACCUGUCUUAUGACAAGCGGCAUCCAUCUAUACUUCCAAAAAACUCCUUUAUUACCGAUCUUAUUAUAGAACGAGAGCACUUAAGACUUAUGCAUGCAGGCGCUAGGCUAGUAUUAGGCUCUCUAUCUCAGAGACACCAUCUUGUAAAUGGUAUACGAGAGGUAAAAAAGGUGGUGCAUAAAUGUAUAAAAUGUAUACGUAUGAAGGCUGAAGCAGCAAAGCAGUUGAUGGGAGACCUCCCUAAAGAAAGAAUCACUCAGAGCAGACCCUUUCAGCAUGUAGGAAUUGAUUUCUGCGGUCCGUUUAACGUGAAGGUCUCUCGCAUUAGAAAACCUAUUAUUACUAAAGGCUAUAUCGCACUUUUUGUUUGCUUUGCUGUAAAAGCGAUACACUUAGAACUUGUUUCUGAUCUCACGACUGAAACUUUCUUAGCAUGUCUUAAACGAUUUAUAUCUCGGCGUGGCAUGCCCACAAAUAUAUUUUGUGAUAAUGCAAAAACCUUUAAGGGUGCUUGUAAUACAUUAAAUGGCUUGUAUGACCUAUUCUCCUCCAAAGAUUGUAGAGACUCUGUCAACAGAUUUUGCUCAGACAAAUAUAUAACAUUUAAUUGGAUACCGAGUUACUCUCCAACAUUUGGAGGAAUUUGGGAAAGUGGUGUCAAAAGUGUAAAACACCACUUCAAAAGAAUAGUAGGCAAUCUAUGUUUGACCUAUGAGCAAUUUAAUACUGUAAUCAUAGAUAUUGAAGGAAUUUUGAACAGUAGACCUAUACUUGCUGCUAUUUCUAAUGAUUGUGAUUAUAUAACUCCUGGACACUUCAUUUGUGGCGCAGCCUUAACAAGUUAUCCAGAAAUUGAUCUCACUGAAACUCCAGUAAAUCGGGUUUCAUUUUGGAAAAUGUGCACUAAGCUUAAGCAAGACUUCUGGAAAACUUGGUCUCAAAGUUAUUUGACCCAACUUCAGAGCCGCCCCAAAUGGAAAUACCAACAAACUAAUUUAAAGGAAGGUGAUUUGGUAAUAGUAAAGGAUAUGAACACCUCUCCAUUAAAUUGGCCAAUGGCUCGAAUAGUAAAAACGUUCCCUGGUAGGGACGGAUUAGUAAGGGUAGCUGAUGUUAAAAUUAAUAAUAAGAUAUUUCGUAGAGCCAUAACUAAGUUAUGUCCUUUACCCGUAAUGUAGUUUUAAGAACUUGUCCUAUGUUCAGAUUCCUGU